AUGGCACCGUCAUUGCAGGAUGGCCUGGCUGCCUUCAACGCCUUCCUUCAGGCCAACGUCACUGGCCCUGUUCUCACCCAAGACCAAGCAAACCUAGCGGCCCCUUACUUGGACUCAAAAGACCUCGACCUGGGCAUCCGGUCGCUGGAUGUAGACGGCGUCGGCGUUUAUUCAUUCAUCCCACACAUCGAGCUGUUCUGCCUGGCAAAGCACGUCAUCGAGAAUGUGACCUCAGAGUCGGAGUGGGCAGCGGCUCAAGCUGAGACCGGGGCUCACGGAGGCGUGAGCCUGGCGUGGAUGAAGCUCAGGCUGCAUGUUUGGCACUACAAGCUCUUCAUUCAGCCCAGUCUGAGCUCAGGGAGCGUCUUUGUCAAGAACGUGGGCAUGAGUGAGGUGCCGACCUUGGUGGAGAAGAUUCAACAAGGACUGGCCAGUGUCGAGAGCGACGUGUUCGGCGAAGCGUGGGAAGUCUCCGACAACGCCUCCAAAUACUCGUCAGAAGACAAAGUGCGAUUUUUGGUGGAGAAGGCAAAUAUUUGCCUCAUGUUGGGCCACGAUGUCAAAGCCCGGGAGGCGCUGAAGCACGCUGCGGAGCUCAACGGCUUCGUAUAUGCUUUGUCUGGGGCAUUGGGAAAGAGAACGCGGUACCAGGACAAGAGCACCAGCCAGCUAGUGGUGCUUGCCAAGAGCGCAGUUGAAGGAGCCAAGGAAGGAGGCGGAGAGGCCCCUGAAGCCCUGGCACUGAAUGACGAUACCCUCCUGGAGCAUAUCGAGUUUUCAAAAGACGGCACAGAGGGAAAACAUGGCGAGCAAAAUAUCCCAGCUGCAGCCUCAACGCUUCCGCCUCAGCUGCGGGAUAUCAGUGCUGAUCAACAGCCUGAGCUUUCAACCCUUGACCAGAUCAUCCUUCUCACUGAAGCGACACUUAAAGAUGCCUUCUCGCCGGCUGACGAACUUACUUCGGAGGAGAUACUACCAUUUGCUGUGAGGGUUCUCAACGACAAGAGCACAAACUGGCAGGUCUACACGCAGGCACUGUUAGUGCGGUCAAGGAUCGAGAUCCAUCGCAGCAGGACUGUUGAGAGAGGUGUGCUGCAGAUGCAGGCGGUCAUUGACCAGGUUCUUGUUGACACGGCAGAGAAGGCUAUUUCCAGCGCUGAAAUGGAGGCAACGGCGAGUACCGAGAAUACGGAUGUUCCCGCUAUAUCAGUCUCGGCCGCCGAAGAAGAACCAAAGACAAGGCAGAACACGGAGAUGGCUGCUCCCGUUGAUGACAAGCCAAAGUCGUUCUUCCCUGUUGACAAAUCGACCGAAUCGGCCUCAGCAGACAAAAGAUUGCAAUACAUACACCUGCUCUCGUCGCCUCCACGGUGGCAUCUCGAGUCGGAGCUGGCAUACGCCUGGACAGGUGUCGGGUCUCUGGUCUCAGCUCUUGAGAUCUUCAAACGCCUUAAAUUAUGGGCUGAAGUCGCACUUUGCCUGGCAAGCAGCGCAUCUUUGGACAAUGAGGACGGCAGCGGAAGAGGAGGCGGCGGCGAAGAGAAGGCACGAGCAAUUAUCCGGUGGCGAUUAUUCCACCGUAAAGAUAGGGUCUCCACAGCGGCCGAGGAAGAAAUUGACGAGAAUACGGACAUAUCGACACUCCAAGCGGCGGAAUUCAAUGGUCCCGAGAGGAAUCCGCCCCAGCCCAAUGCACCGAGGUUGUUCUGCAUCUUGGGCGAUAUGGAGUCCGAAUCAGCAGUGGCGCACUACGAGCGCGCGUGGGAGAUCUCAAAAAAUAGGUAUGCCCGUGCACAAAAGUCGCUGGGAGAGCAUUACCUCGCGCUGAAGGACUGGCACAAGGCCCGUGAGGCGUACAACCUAGCCGUUUCUGUAAAUCGGAUCGCUCCAGAGUUGUGGAACCGGCUCGGGGACAUCAACCUGCGGCUCGGACUUUUCGGCGACGCAGCAGAAGCCUUCACUCGAGCAAUUGGGUCGUCAAAUGAUACAUCUGGUGGUGAAGAUGCACGAACGUGGAGCAAUCUGGGCAGCGCUCUGUAUAGCAUGUACCUUGAAGCCGUUGGCGAGAGUAGACAGGCUAAGGAAACCAGUGACGAGGGCGAGACACCAGUCAAUGGACACAAGCAUUACGACGAUGAGGAGGACGAAGAACCCCGGCCGUCGACGAAACCUCAAAAAGAUCCAGCGAUGCUACUCAUCCAAUCGAUGAAGGCAUACAAACGUGGGGCGUCGAUAGCAGGUGACAACUGGCGCAUCUGGGAUAACGUCAUCACACUGGCCACACACAUGCGACCCAUGCCAUUUUUCGAGAUCAUCCAAGCUGUACGGUCAAUAAUCCGACUCCGCCAGACUGAAGACGUGCUCGACGACGACAUCCUGCGGCUGCUCCUCACAGAGGGCGUGCUGACGGUGGAAAAAAAGAACGACAACAACCCAAGUGGUAUGUACGAGCCGCCACGUGGGAGCGUGGAGAGGAACGUCAACGAGAUGAUGGAGAACGAGGUCGCACCACUCAUCACGAACCGAUCCGAGUUGUGGGAGCUGGUGUCGCGUCUCCGAGUAUGGAGGAGGGACUACACGGGCGCCAUCGACGCCUCGGAGAAGGCCUGGCGGGCGGCUGUUGGGGGAGCCACGUCGGGCGCGAGCUCCAUGGGCGGCGGACUAACUACCGACUCUGCUAAGUCCAGGGCAGAAGGUAGCAGCGGCAGCAGGAACUGGCUCGAGGACAAUGAGGCCUGGCAAGUUGUGGUGCGGAGGACAGAUGAGCUGGUGGCGGUACUCGAGAAUUAUGGCCCGCAGGUAGAGAGUGUCGGGGACAAGUGGAAGGGAAAGGCCAGGGCCGCUAUCCGUAGUGUGAUGGGUAAGGGUAAGGAAAAUUGGGAAAGUAGCGAUGGUUGGCUUACUCUGAAAGGACUCUUGGACGGGCUGAGGGCAUAA